AUGAACUCAACGGCGAACGGAUCCAGCGGGUCUUGGAGCUGCUUAAAUUUUUCUGCGUUGAAAAUCGGAGGAACCGUUACCUACUGUCUGAUCAUCAUCGUUUCACUGGUCGCAAAUUGUCUCAUUGCUAUCACCGUUUGUAAAACGCCGAACUUAAAAAAAACGAUCAAUUUUUUCAUCGCAAACAUGGCCUCAUCUGAUUUGUUGUUUCCAGUAUUCUCGAUACCUUUUAAAUUGUCACUCUUGCACGCCAACUCGUUUCUUAUCGGUGGUCAGCUUGGUCAGGCCUUGUGUAAGCUUGUCGCUUUCUUUGGUAACGUUUCCGUUGUCGUUUCGACUCAGAAUCUGAUUCUGAUAGGAGUGGAUCGAUUUGGAGCCGUGGUAUUUCCACUCCGUUCCCCACUCAUCAGAUCCAAGCUGUGUCUCUUCUUCAUUAAUGCCACGUGGAUCUUUGCCAUAGUUUUUAAUUCGCAAUACUUAUUGACCCUAGAGCUCGUUGAACACCCGGAGGUAGCCUGGUGUGUACGGAGAUGGAAGAGAGUAUUCGGAGAAUCCUCGUCCUUUGCCAGUUUCCUACUAGCUUACAACAUUCUGUUUACCUACAUCCCUGUGCUGCUGUUAGUCAUUCUUUACUCCAUCUUUAUCAAGCUCAACACACAGGUACACCCAAGUGAACAGUCGACCAACAAUCAGCAACAGUGGAAAAGAAGAAACAGAAACGUUCUUCAAAUGUCCAUUGCAAUCGUAACCGUGUUCGUGCUUUGCUGUUUACCUUACAAUACUAACCACUUAACCAUAGAGUAUCAGGACAGUUCUGCCCAUUUCUCGUGUAGUUUCCAGAUAUACUUUAAUGUAACCUACUUUCUGAUACACGCUUACUGUGCUAUCAACCCGAUUAUCUGCUUCAUGUUUAGUAGUAAUUAUCGCCAAGGUGAAAAAAGACUCAUGAAAUGUUCUUUUGUACAGGCCUAA